AUGUCGCACAUCGACUACGCCCUCUUCGAGGCCCCGGUCGGCUAUGCCGUCUUCAAGGUGGUGCAUCAGGCCGAUGCGCUGGGCCUCAAGUUGAAGGAGGUCCAGCAGGCCGCGACCGAUCUUUCCAAGUUUGGCAAGAUGGUCAAGCUCGUCAACUUCAGCCCCUUUGACGGUCACGCCGACGCCAUCCACAACAUCAAUGAGGUUUCCGAAGGCAUCUGCACCGAUUUCCUCAGAUCUGUGCUCGAACUCAACCUCCCCAAGACGAGCGGCAAGAAGACCAAGGUGGUGUUGGGCGUCUCGGAAAAGAAUCUCGCCGGCGCCAUCAAGGCCGAGUUCCCAGGGCUCGAGUGCGAGACGGCCGACACGUCCGAAAUCGUGGCCGAUAUCAUCCGCGGCAUCCGCCUACAUGCCGAGAAGCUCAUCGAGAACCUCAUGCCCGGCGACAUCGCGAAGGCGUGCCUGGGCAUGGCCCAUGCCUACUCGCGCGCCAAGGUCAAGUUCAGUGCCACUCGAAAUGACAACCACAUCAUCCAGGCCAGCGCCAUCAUUGACACCCAGGACAAGAGCCUAAACCAGUUCCUCAUGCGCGUCAGGGAAUGGUACGGCUGGCACUUUCCCGAGCUCGUCAAGAUUGUUUCCGACAACCUCACCUACGCCAAGCUCGUCCUGGUGAUUGGCAACAAGAAGACAUUGUCCGACGACAGACUCGAUGAGAUUGCCGCCAUUGUUGGCGAAGAUGGCAACAAGGCGCAGGCCAUCAUCGAUGCGGCCAAGGUCUCCAUGGGCACCGACGUCUCCGACGAGGAUCUCCAGAUCAUGACGGGCCUCACCCGCAACGUCGUCAAGCAGGCUGAGAACCGGCGUAUGACUUCCAGCUACCUCGACCAGAAGAUGUCUUCCGUCGCCCCCAACCUGCAGGCCCUCAUUGGCACCACUGUCGGCGCCCGCCUGAUCUCGCAGGCCGGCUCGCUCAAUAGUCUGGCCAAGAGCCCAGCCUCGACCCUGCAGAUCAUGGGUGCCGAGAAAGCCUUGUUCCGCGCCCUCAAGAGCAAGAGCAACACCCCUAAGUACGGCAUCAUCUACCACAGUAGCUUCAUUGGCAGAGCUGCUCCUCGCGACAAGGGCCGCAUCUCGAGAUAUGUGGCCAAUAAGUGCAGCAUGGCCUGCCGCAUUGACAACUUCUCAACUGAGCCUUCAACGCGCUUUGGCGACGCAUUCAAGGGUCAGGUCAACGAUCGCCUAGAGUUUUACGCCACGGGCAAGAAGCCUGCGAAGAACGCGGACAUUAUUAAGGGAGUCCUUGCUCCUAUCAGGGAUGCUGCUGGGCAAGAUAGUGAUGAUGAGAUGGCAGACGCCCCUGAGCCGUCUUCUGCCAAGAAGUCCAAGAAGGAGAAGAAGGAGAAGAAAGAAAAAAAGGAAAAAUCAAAAGACAAGAAGCGCAAGCACGACGACGAGGCGAUCGCUGACGACGCUGACGAUUCCGAGAAGAAAAAGAAGAAGAAGAGAAAGUCGAAGUCGGCCAACGAUGAAUAG